CAUUUUGUUCCUCUAUAUUAGCCUAACAUAGGGAGCUAUUUCGUAUUUAAUUAGAAAACCAAAGUCGUAAGAGUCAAUCGCUAAGAACGAUGGCAGCAGCCUUCGUGCACAUUGUUUCCAUCCUCUUCCUUACCAUGAUCAUCAAAGGGUCAUGCGAGUGUUCCUUGAACAACAUCAAUAUUGGCACAACAAGAAGUGGGAGAGAAAUUCAGGGCAAGCCCGAGUGGAACGUGACUGUGAUCAAUAAUUGCUCGUGUGUUCAGAGUCAGAUAAAGUUGGCUUGCAAAGGGUUUCAAAGUGCUGAAACUAUUGACCCAUCAAUUUUUUCAGUGGAAGGUGAUACUUGCCUCCUUAACAAAGGCAACCCCGUGAAGGGUUUCGAUGCUGUUAGCUUCUCCUAUGCCUGGGAUCCUCCCUUUCUUCUCUUGCCCACAAGCUCAGUUAUUGUAGGUCCUUGUUCUUGAGAAUUUAGUUUAGAAAAUUUAAAAAAAAAUGAUAAUUAUUUUGAAUUUGAAGCAAUGAUGUGGAUUAUAUUUCAGUGGAUAUGCAGAUCAUACUAGGCACCAGCUUUGAACUUUGGUUGAUUUUUUAGAAGUUUAUGUUUUGAUUAUUAAUUUGAAGCUCCUAAAGAAAGUGGAGCACAUGUAAUAUGAUUUGAUCCACAAAUAUAUAAAAUACAAAUCAAUGGAUACCAAUUA